AUGAACAAAGUGGACGCACCAUGUCGACCCGCGGCCUCUCUGAAAUUCACUAUUGACAACAUCCUAAACCUGAAAACCAGCGGGAGGACCUGUGACAGUUGUCAUCCCGCGGGACUGCAAGAUGACUCGGCCACGGCGAUGCGUAAAGACGGUUUCCAGAGCCACCACGAGGAGCACGGAGCCCAGCAGAGGCAGGACCCGGACAGCAGGCUCAAAGAAAGUGAAUGUAUCACAGACUGCCACGGAGCGUCGGACUCGGUGAUCAUCAGCCGCGGAGACGCGAUAAAAGCGACGGAGGUGCGCUUCGAGAGCGGGGACAGCAGCUGCGACGACAGCAGCUCCACCACCACGGCCACAGACCCCCACAAAGGAGGCAGCCCCGCCAAGAAGAACAAAAUGAUCACGAAAAAGAAAACGCGCACUAUUUUUUCCAAGAGACAGAUUUUCCAGUUGGAGUCUACCUUCGACAUGAAACGCUACCUGAGCAGCGCGGAGCGUGCCUGCCUCGCCAGUUCUCUCCAGCUCACGGAGACCCAGGUGAAAAUAUGGUUUCAGAAUCGCAGGAAUAAAUUGAAACGGCAAAUCUCGACUGAAAUCGACGGACCCGUUACCGAUUUCCCCGAGAGUGGAAAGCCCGUGGUGGUGGGGCAGCUCCCGGCCUUGUACAAAGAGAGCAACCUGCUGGGGAGAUGCCUGCUGCCCAUGCCUCUGCCCGUGGUUUACCCGGGGAGUAGCACGCCUUACCUCUGCUUCUCAAACGCCAGCAAGUACUUCAGCCUGUACGACGGGGACGUAUGA